CUGGAAUAAUAUGCCGCUGGCUGAACUGAAGUGGGAGGAGCACAUCCUCUCUUUUUUUGCGCUCUGUCCUUUUUUUUCUCUCUCUUUCACUCUCUUUCACUCUCGCUCUUUUCUGUUGCGUCCCCUUCCUCGUGGUUUUUCUUCUUUUCACAGACUUUACUGCUGACGGCUCUUUCGACGGCAAAGGUUUCAUCCACGUACGAUGAAUACCUUCUCUUCUUCUUCGUCUGCCGCAACUCACUCGCCGCAACCUGCGGAUCUGGACCCCUUGGCAUUCUCAACUGCUUCCAGUAUGCAACAACCACCUUCUGUGUCCCCAUGCCCAUCGUCGUCCCUGCACGCUGGUCAUCAUGUCUCUUUACAACAACCUUCGGAAACUUAUGAUCACGAUUCAGCAAACACCAAUUCGAAUGUAUCCAUCACUGCAAUCAAUACUUCCAACACCAACACUAGCGCAAAUACUACCUCCAGUAAGAACGCCCUCACGCGCAUAUCAAGUAAUCCUGUUGUUGCGACCACGAGCACAGUUGUGACAACCACGACCGUUGUGCCGCCCAUGUUGCACGAUUACUGGCAUGGUCAAACACCCCUUCUACUCCAUAACGACCCAUUGCGCGGUGAUUUGGACAGUGUUGAAGUCAACCAUUCAGAGCGCGGGAUUGCAGGUUUCGUGUCAAAAUUAUAUCAGAGUUUGCAGGCCCCUGACGAUGGCCAAAAGUACGCACGCUGGUGCAAACACGACGGCAAAGACAUGUUUAUUAUCGAAUGUAUUCCUAAAUUUACCGAGGUUGUACUGCCGCGGUUGUUCAAGCACUGCAAGUUUGCUUCGUUUGUACGUCAGCUCAAUGUAAAUAUACGGCUUUCAGCGUGACACAGACGCUCGAAAAACCAAAGACACCAAAGACAAAGAGUCGUGCCGUUGGCAUCAUCAGUACUUUCGGCCAGGCCGGCGUGAUCUUUUCCAUCUGAUCCGA